AUGACACACAAACGUAAUGCGACAAAGCGGUCGCAUCCAGAUGAUGCUGCAUCUUUAGAAGAACAAAGAAAGCGAAAGAAGACGUUCUUCAACAAGUUUGUGGGCAUUUGUUCCCGUACUGUAACAUAUGCGAAAAUCUUCCUCACGCGCUCUUCAAUGACGGAUUUGGACAGUACUGCUGGCAAUACUAGUUCAUCUUUAUCUGAGAAUUUGGAUAAUCAUCCUUCAGACCCUGUCGAAGUCCAAGAAAAUACGCACGGCCAGUCGCUUGCUUCCCUCGCAACAAGUUCAGGGAAAAAUGAACAAAUCAAAUCAAAGAACCAUAGCCGUUUUCAGAGUAGGGAUGAGGAACUUGAUCCUAUCGCCCUACAGCGUCUCUUCGAUCCAAGCCUUCAUAGCUCCAACUCUGAUGGACUUAAGAGAUUGUCUCCUCAAAGUUUUCGUGCGUCCCGUCUACAAUAUAUCCCUCGUCCUCAUCGAUCUGUUAGACGCUUAUCAAUAAGUGAUCGCUUAAAUUUAGCCGUAUCACAAGAAACAGCUGAGUCCUCAUUUCCUUCCGUCCUUUCCCCGUUUCAACGAAACGAGACUGAAGGUUUGGUCAGCUCUCACGAUCCAUCCUCUAUUUCUUCUAAUUUCUCAUCCCAAAUCCCUACUCCUUACAUAUCCCUAUUUCCUGCCACUUCUAAACAAGAAAACACUCCAAAAUCUCAUGAAUCCAAAUUUGUCACCCCUUCUUCACAAAUUCAUGAUUUAAAAUUACAACCUAGCUCUUCUCACUUACCUUUUACUGCUACAAUGAGAAGAACUAUCGAUAAAAAUUCAACACCUUGGCAUUUUCCUCCACGUCUUGUAUCUACAGAGCAGCAUCCCCGUCCUUCGCGCUCCCCUUUAUCAUCAGACUUAGAUAAUGAAAAUUCUCUUUUGCGAUUGAUUCGUGAACUUAAGGAAAAGCAGACCGAAGCGUUUCAUGACUGGAAUGAAAUUGAUUUCUUGCAGCUGAAAGGUCUUCACAUUACUCCCCCUCCUGUUCGUCCCAAAUUUGUAUCUCUACUAGAAUUCCCUGAGGAUGCUAAGAAACGGGCUUUACGGCUUUUAAAUGAUGCCGACCUUCCUCGUUCGGCUUACACAGAGCCUAUAAUAACUAAAUAUAAUAUUCCAAUAAUGAUACGAGACCUUCGGACCUUGAAAAAUAAGCAUUGGCUAAAUGAUGAGGUUAUCAAUUUCUAUAUGAAUUUGCUUUCGGAUCGCUCUCGCUCUGAUCCUUCCUUACCUCAGGUUCACGUAUUUAACACAUUUUUUUACACGACACUACAAAAAAAGGGUUAUACUGGCGUCCGUCGGUGGGCCAGAAAGGCCCAUAUGAGAAUUGCGGAUUUUGACUGUGUAUUAGUUCCUGUUCAUCUAGACGUCCAUUGGUGCAUGGCUGCAAUUAAUAAAAAGAAAAAAAGAUUCGAGUAUUGGGACUCGCUGGCCGGAAGUCCUGGUAAAGUCUUUGAUCUACUAAGAGAGUACUACAUUGCUGAAACUAAAGGAUCUGUUGAUAUUACAAAUUGGGAAAACUACGUCGAUCAUAGUUCGCCCAGACAGCAGAAUGGCUAG